AACCGGGAGUAGCCGUAACAUUAGUUCUUUUUCUUUUGUUUGGGCCGCUCCAAAAAAAAAAAAAAAAAAGAACUUUUAGUGCUGCAAAGCAAGACUGUUUUGAUUUCCAAUUUGGCAAUUUAUAGUCCGUGAAUGGCAACUGUUUCUCGUGUUGGAAAAUGGAGGAGAACCGUACUUUGUCUCAGCAGCAGCAGCAAUGGCUCGUACUUAGAGGCUCUAGCCAAAGCCUCCGACGAAAAAGUCCCCAGCUUGCUUCUCUACAACUACCCUUGUUUCUCCGGCGCCUUCUCCGCUCUCUUCGGUCACCUCUUCCACUCUCGCCUCAACCUCCCUCUCCUCGCCCUCCCUUUUUCAGAUCCCAUCCAAUCCCUCUCUCUCUAACUUUCUCAUCAUCCAUAAAUGCCCUUUCAACUCUAUUCUUAGGGUUUUACAGUGUACUCGAGGGCUGGAGUGGUGCUAUUUCCUUGAUUUUCUUGGACUCUGUACUUGUGGUUGUGAUGUUUCGAAAUGAUUCAUGUUUCGAGUUUUGAUUAGGGUGAUUGCUUUCGAGUGAGUUUUCCGAAGAGGAUUGCCCGGACAAUCUCACAUUUUGAAAUUAGGGAAUGGAUGCAACUUUGUUACAAGUUGAGGAGAGGGAUCGUGUGGAAAUGGUGCUCAAGUACAUUGAGGAUGGAGAUCUCCGUCGCUGGAGCUUACCGGAUAUUAGGGCCUUUAAUAUUGGACUUAGUGAAUGGCGCUCAAAGUUGAAUUGCUUUACUAAGCCAUACAUGUAUGAACAGUUACUGGAGAUAAGUGCUACGGAUGUUAUUGCUAAGGAAAAGUCGUACAUUUCUGCUCACCAAAAGGCUGCAAAUAAGUUACUGGAUAAAGCUCUCAAAAUAAGGUUGGGCAGAGGAUUUUACGGGGAGUGUCUGGGAGUGAGAGCUGAUGGGAAUUCCGAGUUAAGCGUUGAAAUUGGCAAGCAGCUUAGUGUGAAAAGUGCCGCUGCUGGUCUUAGGCCUAUUGGAGCUGUUAUAUACAUGCAACGGAAAAACCUCAAAAUGUGCUUAAGGAGUAUUGAUAUUGCUACCGAUACCUCUGAAGUCGCAAAGGCAUAUGGAGGAGGAGGCACCCCAAGUUGUAGUUCCUUUAUUAUAAGGAUGGAUGAGUACAAUCAGUGGGUAUCAGGAAAUUCAAGAUGAACAUUUCAAGGAAUUGUGAUUCAAUGCUGUUGCUGCUGGCAUAUAUGGACUGGACGUAGGCUUCUUUACAAAUAGUCCUACUGUACCUCCCAAGGAAGAACCUCGUCAUGGCACCUUAGUUUCCAAGGGUCGAAACGUCUCGCUAAACCCUAGAUCACAGAUGCAUGAUGCAUCAGGGUAGACUUGGUCACCUGGGCAUGUCUGAGGAUCAUUCAAGCGUGGAUGGAGUUCAGCAGCCAAUAUGCUUCCACAAGGUUGAUGGUACUAGCAAGAAGAGAUGUUCUAUCGACUUAAGCAUACAUUGCAAAAAUAUAUGCCCGAGGGAUCGCAUGUAUCAAAAUAUCUUCUGAAAUUGUUAAAGUAUUCAACUGGAAUAUGUUGAAAGUAGAUUAUAUCCACUUUUAUGUUGCAAUGGAUCGAAGAUAACUAUUGAUUUGACAUAUGUGUAUGCGAAACGAAGAGUUGGUAGAAGUAACUGCACUUCUAUGGUU